AUGUCCAAAUCAAAUAAAAAUCCACAUAAAAGAAUGAAAUUUGAUACACAAGGAUUAAAUCUGUUUUCAAUUCAUCCGUUAGAAAGAUUUAAUGGUCCCUGCUCAACGUAUAAGCAACCAGUUGAAAUUAUGAGUUUUAGUUAUGACAAUGAGCGUACUUUGCAUAUGGAUGAUAGAGAAUUGAAAUAUUAUUAUCCUCCUGAUCUAAAAGAUUGUAAUUUGUCUCUUGGGUAUGAAACAUUUGUUCAAAGAGAGCAUAGUGGACCAGAACCAAUACAUUCGUUAUUGGAUGCAUUGGCUUAUUCUCAAAAAAGAUCUGCUGAUAAGAAUUUAAUAAAAACAGAUUUAAUCUCUUGGCGAGGAAUUUUCACGAAAAUCCUAUGCACACCAUACAAUAGGAAUGAACCUUGGGAAUUGGGUGCUACGUUAUGGAAUAACACGAUAUUCAUAGAAGAACAUGAAACAGAAUAUACUAAAGAACAUUCAACUGGGUCUACACCAAGACAAAAAUUAAUGGGUUAUUGGGGAUAUAAAUUUGAAAAUUUAAGCACUAUCUCUAAAUUACCAUCUGAAAUCACUUCUUUGGAUGAUCCUGAAUUGAUCAAUCGGAAAAAUACAAUUGUAAAUACAAAUGUCCAAUAUUGCUCAGUAGCUAAAACAUCAUUGGGGAAUAAUAAGUUGAUUAUGGGGGCUGAAGUUGAUUGCAUUUGUGAUGUUAAACCAAAAAGGCCUGAAAACCCUGUAGAAAAAUAUAUUGAGUUGAAAACUUCCAAAGUUAUUGAAAAAGAAAAGGAUAACUUUAAUUUUGAAAGGUAUAAACUUUUGAAGUUUUGGGCUCAAUCAUUUCUGAUCGGUGUUCCUAAGGUCAUUGUUGGAUUCCGUGAUAAUGAAGGUCGUGUUACAAACGUUCAAGAAUUUAAAACUAUGGAAAUUCCGAAAAUUGUUAAAGGAAAAAAUGGGAUGUGGAAUGCGACAGUCUGCUUAAAUUUUGCAAAUAAAUUUUUUGAAUGGUUAAGAACGGUGAUUGUAAUUGAUGAUCCUAAUUCAUCUUACUCUAUAUCUUUUCAUUCGCCAUUUAAAGAUAUCAAAGUCGAAUUCAUUGGUAAAAAGGACUCAGUGUUAGCUGAAAGACAUUUAGAGUCAUUGAAAAGUACCUAA